CACAGCUUGAGAUAUGUCAUCAUGGCUAAAUUUUUGACUGUUUUUCGCAAUUUGGAUAAUGGCUAAAAUAUAUCGCUACCAAUUGGGGGCCAUUGUAUUCCAAAUUGCAUCUACCGUGUAGUUCUUAAGUCAUACGGAAUUUCCACGUCGAGAUUGCAUGGUUGAACAACCUAUUCAACUCAUCCAGCUUGUUCAAUCUUCCAAGUUCUCACCAUUCGCAGCCAACCUUCAGUUCCAACCUGCAAUCAUGUCAUCACCUAACAAGCGAACAGUCCUCAUCACAGGAUGCUCCCAAGGGGGUGUCGGUAACACGCUGGCGCUCGCAUUCGCAGCCCAAGGCCUGCGCGUCUUCGCAACCGCCCGUUCGCUCAAGUCGGUGGCGAACCUCACAGAAAAGGGCAUCGAAACGCUCACGCUCGACGUGACGAGCUCGGAGAGCAUCGCUGCCGUAAAAGAGGAGAUUUCAAGACGUACAGGCGGUACCCUUGACAUUCUGUACAACAAUGCCGGUGCUCUCUACGAAGCGCCAGCAGUAGAAGCAGACUCCUACCGCACCCGCCAAAUGUUCGACGCCAACGUCUUCGGCCUCUUCGACAUGGUGACAGCCUUCACCUCGCUCCUCCUCGCCGCCGUCUCCACCUCUCAAUCCUCCCAGCAACCGACAAUCGUCAACGUCGCUUCUGUCCUCGCCCGCCUCCCGGGCCCCUUCACAUCCGGCUACAACGCCACAAAGGCCGCCGUCGCGGCCUACUCGGACACCCUCCGCCUCGAAGUCGCGCCCCUCGGCCUGCGCGUGCUGACGGUCUACAUGGGCGAGGUGGCCACGUCCAUCAUCCAGGCCAACAAUAUUUCUUUCGAUAGAGACAGCCUGUACGUCGACGCCGAGGAUAAGGUGCGGGAGCGCAGCGCCACGCACGAGAAGAUGACGAUGAAGCCUGAUGAGUUUGCGCGGCAGGUUGUGCCGCUCGUGCUCAAGAGCGGCGGGAGCCCGUAUGUGUGGAAGGGUACGAAUGCGUGGCUUGUUUGGUUUUUGAAUGCGUUUGGGCCGAGGACGGUGUUUGAUGGGACUAUGAAUGGGGCGGCGGGGUUGAGCGAUCCGGUGAUUAAGAAGAAGAUUUUCGAGAGGGGGCAGGAAAAGGUCAAGAAGGCCUAGAGUCUAGGUUUUGGGGUUUGGUGGCACGAGUGAAUGGUUGGGAUGUGAUGUUGAGUGAUCCAGAGCGGCCUGACUUUUCUUUUUGGCGUGUUCUUGAUACGGUUGUUAACCUAAUUCCUGAAUUUGAGCUCCGUAAUUGGCAGUAGAGUAUAACCACUAGAGCACGGUUGAAUUUUCGUUUCUUCGAGUACCUCGCCGAGUACCUCC